AUCAAUUUAGAAGUAAUCAGCAUAAUAGCAAAUCCAAGAUCACUAUAGAAUUUAAGCUUCAAAAAUUUAGUUUUAAUCCACAAAUAUUUAGCCUCAAUUAUAACAUUCAAUCUAGCUGCAUUGAUAAUAACUUUAUAUUUAUACCUAGUGAUAAUUAAUAACUCCUUCAGUUAUUGUUCAUAGUAAUAAAAUAGGUAAUAUGGCAUAAAUGGCCAGCCCAAUUGUUGAGUCUCUUUGUUGUGUGCCUAUCACUUCUGAGCUGACCAAGCAAUUUCUGAGCACAUUCCGCACUGUGGAAUACAACAGCGUGUGCCUGGCAGCCUCUGUUGUGGGAGUGUGUGGUGCUCUCUGGCAGCUCCAUGUAUUGCACUGGUGGCAACAGCAGCUCCAGCUCAGCUUUGUCUCCAGCCGCAGACCACGUCUCUUGCGAACUCAAGCCUCUCUCAUAGUCAAAUGGCUAGCAGUGUCAGAUCUGUGUGCUGCUGCAGGCAUUGGCAUCAGGAGUCUGUUGUGGCUCUUGGACAGCGCAGCCUCCACAGGAGCAUCUGAAUAUGAUCCUCUGUCAUCAGGGCGACUUGUGUGCAUCUUCAUGGCUAGCUGGAUUCACUAUUUCUACACAUGCACAUACAUGUGGACAUGCCUGUACUGCGUGGACUGCGUGCGCAGUGUGCGUGGAUCACACACAAAUACCGUGUGGUACCACGUAGUUGCAUGGGUCGUGCCUGCCGUUCUCACCUUUGUUGGGCUGUUGGGGCUCUAUGCUCCUGACAUGAAGUGUCACAGCAGCUCCACGAACCCAUACAUCAGAUUCCUGCCGAACUACCUGAGUACCGUGCUGCCUCUGCUGUGUGUGCUGUGCAUGUGCCCGGUGUUGUACGGCGUGGCAGCCAACACACUGCAUACCAACAUGGCUGCUCUCACUGGCAGGUACACGGUCGUGGAGCGCGCAGUGGUGAGUGGCGUGAGGCGACGCUUUCUGCUGCUAUGCCUCGUGUUCUGGCUGUGCUGGCUGCCUAACGUCGUGAACGCUGCGGUGCUCUGGAUAGAGUGGAACGACCUGCCAUAUACCGCCCUCACCGUCCUCUGGUACUGCAUGGCAGUGUUGAACCCUCUUCAAGCGGUGUUCAACAGCUUUGUCUACCCGAGCCAGUCAGCGCGGUCUUCUCAUCGCACGUCCUCAGCUUGGUGCUGCCGUUGGCUGCUGGUGUGCAUCACUUGUGGCUUCUGGUCUCCAAGCAACUCUAAGAAUAUUGACAACGAUACCACACGCGAUACCGACAUUGUUGACUGCGAUGAAUACGAAGAUAAGUCUUCAUCUGAGUAUCAGUCGGCGUCAUCGAGUCCUCGCACGCGCGGCAGUCGCAGCCCCGAUGAGCUCACGGCUCUCCUGGACAACUCUUCGCUGCUGCCUCACUCCUCUUACUGCACCAAGCUGUGAUGAGUGCCUCUGCUCUGCCCCACUCCUCUUACUGCACCAAGCUGUGAUGAGUGUCUCUGCCCUGCCUCACUCCCCUUACUGCACCAAGCUGUGAUGAG